UUGUCGCGCUCGCUCACUCCAGCUGCAGCCACUCUUGCCCGUGGCUGCUUCCUCCAUCCUGGUAUUUUUUGGAGCCUCCAUCCUGGUUCUUCCAAAGUGCCCGGACCCAAAACAGGAAUGUUGCAGAGGUAGGAACAUGGAGGAGAAACAAUCUGGAUAACAUGAAAGUGAUGCUGGUGGCUAAGGGAAGGCAACUCGAUUCUGUGGGAAGGGCUAUAGCUGAUCCAUCUGUUUUCUAGUUGGUAAAAAAGUAUGUGGACAAGACCAAAAUUGAGUAUUGAGGCAAGAACUUCAUUGAACAUUACAAGAUUUGAGUAUGAGCACAGUUGAAGAGGAUUCUGACACAGUAACAGUAGAAACUGUGAACUCUGUGACUUUGACUCGGGACGCAGACGGGAACCUCAUUCUUCACUGCCCUCAGAAUGAAGCUGAUGAAAUAGACUCAGAAGAUAGUACUGAACCUCCACAUAAAAGGCUUUGUCUGUCUUCUGAGGAUGAUCAAAGUAUUGAUGAUUCCACUCCUUGCAUAUCAGUUGUUGCACUUCCACUUUCAGAAAAUGAUCAGAGCUUUGAGGUGACCAUGACUGCAACCACAGAGGUGGCAGAUGAUGAGAUUACUGAGGGAACUGUGACACAGAUCCAGAUUCUACAGAAUGAGCAACUAGAUGACAUAUCUCCCUUGGGUAAUGAGGAGGUUUCAGCAGUUAGCCAAGCAUGGUUUACAACUAAAGAAGAUAAGGAUUCUCUAACUAACAAAGGACAUAAAUGGAAGCAGGGGAUGUGGUCCAAGGAAGAAAUUGAUAUUUUGAUGAACAAUAUUGAACGCUAUUUGAAGGCACGCGGAAUAAAAGAUGCUACAGAAAUCAUCUUUGAGAUGUCAAAAGACGAAAGAAAAGAUUUCUACAGGACUAUAGCAUGGGGUCUGAACCGGCCUUUGUUUGCAGUUUAUAGAAGAGUGCUUCGCAUGUAUGAUGACAGAAACCAUGUGGGAAAAUACACACCUGAAGAAAUUGAAAAGCUCAAGGAGCUCCGGAUAAAGCAUGGCAAUGACUGGGCAACAAUAGGGGCGGCGCUAGGAAGGAGUGCCUCUUCUGUCAAAGAUCGGUGCCGACUGAUGAAGGACACUUGCAACACAGGGAAGUGGACAGAAGAAGAAGAAAAGAGACUUGCAGAGGUGGUUCAUGAAUUGACAAGCACUGAGCCAGGUGACAUAGUCACACAGGGUGUGUCUUGGGCAGCUGUGGCAGAACGAGUGGGUACUCGCUCAGAAAAGCAGUGUCGUUCUAAAUGGCUCAACUACCUGAACUGGAAACAGAGUGGAGGUACUGAGUGGACCAAGGAAGAUGAAAUCAAUCUCAUCCUCAGGAUAGCAGAGCUUGAUGUAGCUGAUGAAAAUGACAUAAACUGGGAUCUGUUAGCAGAGGGAUGGAGCAGUGUCCGUUCACCACAAUGGCUUCGAAGUAAAUGGUGGACCAUCAAAAGGCAAAUUGCAAACCAUAAGGAUGUUUCAUUCCCUGUCUUGAUAAAAGGUCUUAAACAGUUACAUGAGAAUCAAAAAAACAACCCAACGCUUUUGGAGAAUAAAUCAGGAUCUGGAGUUCCAAACGGUAAUUCCAAUUCCAGCGUACAGCAUGUUCAGAUCAGAGUUGCCCGCCUGGAAGACAAUACAGCCAUGUCUCCAAGCCCCGUGACGGCCCUGCAGAUUCCAGUCCAGAUCACCCAUGUCUCUUCAGCAGACUCCCCUGCUGCUACUGUUGACUCGGAAACAAUAACACUAAACAGUGGAACACUACAGACAUUUGAGAUUCUUCCAGUGAUCUUUCAUUUACAGCCCACUGGCACUCCAGGCACCUACCUACUUCAGACAAGCUCGAGCCAAGGUCUUCCCCUAACUCUGACUGCUGGCCCCACAGUAACCCUGGCGGCUGCUGCUCCCGCCUCUCCUGAACAGAUCAUUGUUCAUGCUUUAUCUCCAGAACAUUUGUUGAACACAAGUGACAACGUCACAGUGCAGUGUCACACACCAAGAGUCAUCAUUCAGACAGUUGCCACAGAAGACAUCACCUCUUCCAUAUCCGAAGCAGAACUGACAGUGGAUGGUGAUAUUCACUCAUCUGAUUUUCCUGAGCCUCCAGAUGCCCUAGAAGCAGACACUUUCCCAGAUGAAAUUCAUCAGCCUAAGAUUACUGUAGAGCCGUCAUUUAAUGAUGCUCAUAUAUCCAGAUUCAGUGACCAAAAUAGCACAGAACUGAUGAACAGUGUUAUGGUCAGAACAGAAGAAGAAAUCUCUGACACCCACCUUAAACAAGAGGACGCACCCUCCCCUUUAGCCCGGGCUUAUGUUACUGAGGAUUUAGGGUCUCCUACCAUAGAAGAACAAGUUGAUCAAACAACAAUUGAUGAUGAAACGAUACUUAUCGUUCCUUCACCACAUGGCUUUAUCCAGACAUCUGAUGUUAUAGAUACUGAAUCUGUCUUGCCUUUGACAACACUAACAGAUCCCAUAUUCCAACAUCAUCGAGAAGAAUCAAACAUCACUGGAUCAUCUCUGGGCAGUCCUGUUUCAGAAGACUCAAAAGAUGUUGAGGAUUUGGUAAACUGUCAUUAGGUAAUUCUUAGAACAGGUAGUUCAGGCAGAGAAGCCACACUGUUAAUUACAACAUCUCCAAAGAAAUAGGAGCAACCCCCAAGAGGCUUAAUUUACCAUUCCUCUGGCUUUUAAAUAGCUACAGUGCUCAAGCCACAUACAGUGUUGCUGCUAUGAAUUUUUACCUCCUUUAAAUAUAUCAUCUGAGGUCUAGUCUUAUGACAGAGUGUAGUUGAGUGGAGCACUGGGGUCUUUCUUAACUGUAGAGAUCCUAGUGAUUAGUGUUACUUGUCAGCAGGGAAUUUCAUUCACUUUAGCUGAGAGAAGUUUAAAAUCACCAAAGCUUAACUGCUGUUUUAAAAAGCAGUAAUGGUUCAUCUCUAAAGAUCAGACAUGGCAACUCUAUCCAGUCUCAAAUAGGCCCUGUUUAUAUGUCAGAGAGUUACAUCAACAUGGUCUAGAGCUUACCAGUGACCUCUCCACAAAGAUUAUCUUCUAAGUAGUUUGAGACUUGGGUGUGGUGGUUACUUUUGGUUUACCCAUGUGCGCAUUGGGAGCUGAUUUAGGCUGGGCAAAGAGGAAAGCAUUAAGAGAGUUAAGAAAAAUUCACUACAGGCUUGUUUGUUUUAACAUGGAUGAGAGUAGGAAGACAAAGUUCACGAGAAGCUAAGAGUUUUCACCCCUCAGAACCCACUGUCAUCAGUUUACCAAAGUUAGCACUUUGAAGUAAAACUAAAUGGGAAAGGAAGUAAAGUUGCCUGUCCUAUGCCAUGACCUUUUAUGACAUGUCUUGCUAUAUGAGUUACCCAGGAAAUAGUUGAGGAGAGGAUCAGAGUUUCCGUUCACUUAGUGCAUUAACUGAUGGGGGUUUGAUAUAAACGUCUCCCUCUCAGGCAAUUUAAAAAAA